AUGGAGAAACAUGUGACUGUGAUUGCGACAAAAAAGACAUCAAAGGUAAGGAAACAAUUACAUAUACACCAUGAUAUUGCAUUCUCCAUUCUCUCAAAAUUAUCAAUAAAACCUUUGAAACGAUUUGAAUGUGUAUGCAAGUCAUGGUCUCUCUUGUCUGCUAACCGCUAUUUCAUGAGCCACUACCGCAACAGUUUCUUAACAAAGUAUCAUUCUUAUUAUGACGAUGCAUCUUUCCUCCCAAUUCAACGUUUCCCCAUCUUUCACAAUCAAAGAUUUGAGUUCCCCAUCUUUUACAAUCAAAGAUUUGAGUUACAUUCUCUUUACGAGGAGAGGUUUCCGAGUAAUGUCAAAAUAGAUUGGCCAUAUCUCCAUUGUUUUCCUAGAAUUGUAGGUUGUGGUAGUGUUCAUGGAAUUCUUUGUUUUUCUAUUAUGCCCCAAAAUGAUAUUAUAUUGUGUAAUCCAUCUACUAAGGAUUAUAAGGCCAUUCCUCUCGACCGUAAUCAUCACGAAUGUUAUGGAAGAGGUUAUAGUAAUUCUGGAUUUGGUUAUGAUUGCGUCGAAGAUGAUUAUAAAGUGAUGUGCAUUUAUCAUCUUGAGAAUGAGCCAAUGGAAGACUUAUAUCUUGAUCCCUUCAUAUGGGAAAUAUUCAGUUUAAGAAAUAAUUCUUGGAAGAAACUUGACGCUGAUAUAAAAUUUAAUCCUAAUUUUUGGAACGAUGAACAAUUUUACAUAGAUGGAUUUUCUCAUCGGGUGUGUCAAAUUGAAGAAUAUGGUUAUAAAAGAUACGUUUUGUCAUUUGACUGGCACCGAGAGGUUUUCACUACAACGCUUAUACCCUUUGACAUAGAAGAUAUUCUUGAUUUUUUGUUUAGCUGGACAAAUUUGAUGCUAUUAAAUGGGUCUAUUGCUUUGAUAUUAAAUUACACUAGGACGUCUACAUUUCAUAUUUUUAUCUUGGGUGAACUUGGCGUAAAAGAAUCAUGGACUAAGCUCUGCACUCUUGAACAUUUACCUUACCUUGAGCAUCCAAUUGGAAUGGGAAAAAAGAGUGAUAUGUUGUUUAGAAAAAAAGACGGAGGAUUUGUUUGGUUCGAUUUAAUUACUCAAAAGACUACGGAUCUUAGCAUUACUAACAAAGCUUGUUCUGAUAUAAUAAUUCAUAAAGAAAACCCUAUUAGCCUUCUUGCAUAUGUAGGAAAAAGUAUUUAA